AUGGUUAAAUUCUUGAUUAAAAUUAGUCUGACGGCUUCAAGAGUGAAUGAUUCUGAGAAGAGUCAAGUUGGUCCCAAAACACUCCAAGUAAUCUUUAUAAGCUAUGGAAGAAAUUAUAAGUGUUUGAUGAAGUUUCUUAUUGGAAUCGAAAUUAACAAUUUUUGUCUACAGAAACCUAUUCUAUUAUCGUGAACUCGAUGGCAGAGUAUAGCCAUUAUCUCUUAA